ACUUGAAGUUGUUUUUCUUCUUUCAUAGUGGGAUAGUCCAGUUGCGUAUUUUCUGAGUGUGUUCGCUGAUUUACCAACAUUUGUCAACAUGGCGGAGACCUCUGCAGCAUUGCCCCUGGUCAAGGACAGAGUCGACGCUGGAUCAGAACCACAACCACAGAACGGAGACGUCGAGCAAGCCAAUGUUAAACGCAAGGCUGAUGACAAAGAUACGAUGGAAGAUGCCCGAGACACACGAGACAAUAAACGACGCAAAGGUACGGCACCGGUCAAGGAAGAAUUCCUGAUCAAGGAAGAUGCAUCUAUCCCGGCCGAAGGGACCAAAGAUGCAGCAGAUGACGAUGCUGCGGAAGCUUUCCAUCAUCAAGACCGGCAAGGUGGCGGUGGACCCAACAACAAGUCUAAGCGACGACAGAAGCAGACAGGUCAGAACAAGGCUCGUGAGUAUGGCAGCUCCAGAGACGAAGUUGGGCUAUGCUCGUCCCGUGCGAAUCGGCCCGAGUUUUCGCCCGACGAAUGCCAGUACGGAGACAAAUGCCGGUUUGAGCACGACAUCCGAAAAUAUCUGGGUCGUUUCAAGCGAGAAGAUCUCACAACAUUUAAUGGAUUGUGUCCCGUAUGGGAAACCAAGGGUCGAUGCCCCGCAGGUUGGAAAUGUCGCUUUCUGGGAUCACACUCCAAAGAGGUCGAGCACGAAGAUGGACGCAAAGAAUUGGUUCUUACCGAAGAUGCUGGUCGGAAAGCGAAGUACGCAGAGACAUCUGUCGAAGAAGGCGAAAUCGGGGUGGCCAACGUCCUGACCACAGAGCAGCGGUUUCAAGUGGUCAAGAGAAAGAUCGUGCUAGCUAAAUCAGACGAGUUCCUCCAACAUCUAGAGGGUCAAAAACAGAACCCCGGGGAUCAGGGACGCAAGAAGCCACAUGCGAAGGAUGGACAGAGCCGCAACUCGUCGUCACCCGAGCCAGAGACCAAUGGUCGAAAGAAGGAUGACGAAAAUCAUCAGAAUGACGAUUCCAAGGCGGAUUCGCGAGCGACAUAUACCGAGGCUCGUCUUCGACCUUCGGAGAAACGGCGGAUCUACUUUGGAGCCGAGACUCCAGUUCUCGCACCGCUGACGACGCAAGGCAAUCUGCCGUUCCGACGCCUGUGCACGUCAUUGGGAGCGACAUUCACAUACUCGGAGAUGGCCAUGUCGAUGCCGAUCCUGCAAGGGCAAAAGUCGGAAUGGGCUUUAAUGAAAGCGCACGAGUCGGAUGUGCAGGCACCAACGUUCAAGGCCAAGGGUAACAUUGUGUAUGACUAUGACCAAAGCAAGGAUCUUGGAUUUGGAGCUCAGAUUGCAGCGAACAAGCCUUGGGUGGCAUUGAAAGCGACCGAGGUGUUGACCACGCUAUUGCCGCAAGGGCUGAGAGUGGUAGACUUGAACGUGGGAUGUCCGAUUGACCUCGUGUAUCGCGAUGGAGCAGGAUCAGCACUGAUGGACUCACCUCCCAAGCUGGAGAAGAUGCUGCGCGGAAUGAACUACGUUUCGGGAGAAGUGCCGAUCACGGUCAAGAUCCGAAUGGGAACUAGAGACAAACAGCCGACGGCACAGAAGCUGGUGGAGAGAUUGGUACUGGGCGGCCCGCACAGCGAUGACGGGCCUUGUGGAGUGGCUGCAAUCACCCUGCACGGUCGGUCGCGGCAGCAACGAUACACUCGCUCUGCGGAUUGGGAGUAUAUCGGUGAAACGGCAGCGUUGAUCAAGAGACUAAACGAGCAGGCAGAUGCGGUCACAGACACGAUCCGAGAAACAGACGAACGAGACCAAGGCAAUGGAAGCAGGGGGUCGAAAAACGGAAAGGUGUACUUCAUUGGCAACGGAGAUGUAUUUUCACACGAGCAUUACUAUGCUCACCUUUCACAUGGUGGCGUUGACGGGGUAAUGGCGGCACGAGGCGCCCUGAUCAAGCCGUGGUUGUUUGAGGAGAUUCAAGCUGGUCAAUACCUGGACAAGUCGUCGUCAGAACGAUUGUCGAUGAUUGAGCAGUUUUGUCGAUACGGGCUGGAAGCAUGGGGAAGCGAUGAGGUUGGAGUGGGACAGACUCGACGCUUUCUACUCGAGUGGCUGAGUUUUGCAUGUCGAUAUGUCCCUCUGGGGCUGCUGGAACACCUGCCGCCGAACAUCCAGGACCGGCCACCGCGCUUCCGAGGACGAGAUGAGUUGGAGACGUUGAUGGCGAGUGACAACUACAAGGAUUGGAUCAAGAUCAGUGAGAUGUUUCUGGGAACAGCACACAAGGAUUUCCGAUUUGAGCCCAAGCACAAGUCGAACGCAUAUGAGAUACAGGCUGAGGGUUGAGUGGAGUGAGGUGACUAUGAAAAGACUUGCAAUGUCUUGGUCGCGGCAUGGGUAUGAGAGCUGUUGUGUCUUUGCACCGUUUGCUGCCUUAAUCUCACCAUCGCGUACCUGAAUCACAUGGAACUCGAGUGGAAGAUAUGCCCAAGGAACGGCCCUGGCUAAGAGCUGAAAGUCUAGUAUACUUAAUCUCGCAGUGAAACCAGCCUUAAGAGCGACCCGAAUAAACGAAGGCGAGAUACAGGAUGCUGUUGGUAGUGAUAUUAGCGCUAGGCAGUUAGCUCCAAGCUACC